CGCUGGUGUAGGACGAUCCGGUACCUUCAUAGCAUUAGACAGGGUGCUACAGCACAUUCAGAAACAUGACUAUGUAGAUAUUUUUGGUAUUGUUUCUGAAAUGCGCAAAGAAAGAGUAUGGAUGGUACAAAAUGAGCAACAAUACAUAUGUGUUCAUCAAUGUUUACAAUGUGUUCUAGAAAAGAAAGAAGAAUUUUUAGAGCUUGGUAGGCCCGAAGCGCACGAUAAUCAAGGGUACGAUGGAUCGCUUCCAUCUUCUUUCAAACAUUCCAUAGCUCUGCCCAAUGGAAAUGCAGUGAAAAAAGACUGAGAUAUUUUGUAGUUGGAAGGUUUCUUUGUAAUGUAGAGACUGCCAUACAAAUUAUUUGUCAUCUUCCAUACUGAUGACGAAGGAAUUGCUGAGUCAGGCAUCUGAUGAAAACGAUAAAAAGAAAUUUCUGUGAUGAGACUAAAGAAAUACUUCGUUUCUUUUUUCAUGACUUUUUCCACGUAUCUUUUCCAUUGUGUUAGAUGCAGGCAAGCAUCGUACAUAUAAAAACACUAUUUUUUACGAACGUUGUGCGCUUUAAAUGAACUUAUCGAGUUUUUUUAUUUUUCCAUCAGUUCCACGAACGUUGUUUGUUGACGAACUGUCUUGUAAUCAAUUGAACUUGGAAUAUCCGAAUUUUGAAGUCAAAUCCGUUCGGGUCAUUUAUUUAUAUGAGUGAGUUGUGAUUGAUAUGAGUUGUGUGUAUAGAUUUUUUUAUUUUCUGUGCCAUGCUUUUUAAGUAAGUUAUUUGAAUUAUUAAAUAUAAUAAAAUGUUGCGUCCAUAAUUAAAAAAUCUAUUUUUUGUGUAUGAAUCUUGCUUCAAGUCAAUGAAAUAGUCAAUUUUGAUAUUCUUUGUAAUAACGUAUUGAAAAUGAAAGAAAAAAAAAUGUUUUAAUGUGUUUUUUUUAUUGCUUAUGUAGUUAAAUUUUUAGAUAAACAGCUUUAUUAUGCAUGUACUUACUACUUAAAACUAUAAUAUGAGUAAUUUUAUGUGCUCAUUUUUGAAAUUGAUUAGCUUAAAUUAGAAAUAAAAUAUUUUAACUGCCCGUAAGAAAAUCAAAAAUUAAGAUUAAGUUGUUGUUGCGCAAUUUAUGUAUUUAUUUUGUAACUAUUAUCUAUCCUCCCCCAAAAAAAACUCAACAUACAAAUAAAUGAUUUUUUCUUCAAUCCAAGUAGCAAAAUAUUUGAAGCAACCAUAAUUUUUUCAUAAUUCCUGGAACUAUGAGGGAUUACUGAAAUAUU